AGUUAAACGAGUUGGCCAUAAAACUAUGCAGAUCUUCAGGAAUGUUGUCGAAAUGCAUUCUCUCUGCAUGAAACCAAGGUGUAGAGAGCUAAAGUGGACCAGAUAUCUGUAGGAUACCUUUUUAUUUUCCCAUUUGUAACUUCAGAACCUAACUUUUACACUGAACCGCACGUCAUUUCUGUUGUUUUUGUCCAGUUUGUUCCUGUUGUUGUUAUUUAAAGGCAUCGAAAUGAAAAGAAACGGCGCGUACAGAUUUUUGUCCGUGUUUUCCUGUCUCAUCGUGUUCGCUUUCUUGUUCAUGUUUUGGUUUUUCGUCUUUUACUCCAUGAUGAACGCGCCGUGAAACAUAAUUCAGUCGAACAUCUCUAGUGCUAAGCUAAACAGCUAGCCUGUUUUCUUGCUGCUAUCCAUCGUUUGAAAGAUAAAACUAAAGUUUUGUUAUGUUUGGGGCGGAUAUUAUUCCUAAACGUGCUUUGUGGAUCCUGCAGAAACUGUAAAGUGAGUUAAUUUGACAGGUUAUUCAACAGUGGGCUAAUUUUUUAGAACAUUUUGCAAUAGCUAACUAGCCAAAGUUAGCAACCCAGUUAGCAAGCAAGCUAGCUAAGUUGUAGCAUGUUCGAUGUUUGUGUAAAUCAAGCUAAAUAAGAGACUAGACUUGUAUGCGGUGGCAUGCUGUUAGAUAACGACUUAAAAAAAUAAAUAAACACAACAAUCAGUAAGCAGCUAUUCUUACAAACAUUCAGCGUCGUAUUUAGCCACCGUGAGCUAGCGCUUUUUAGCGACCACACUGAGGCUGCGCGAAGACACUGGUCACAUGAUUACAACAAGGAAGUGUCAAUAUCUGUGUUUUUAUUAAACUGAAGUGUGCUUAAUGUCCAAAUGGCAGCUGAAUCAGUGGAAAAAGGCACAGCUCCUACCAAGCUGCAGUUUGCCCCUUUCUCUAGUGCCCUAGAGGCAGGAUUCUGGCAUCAGCUCACCCAGAAGAAACUCAAUGACUACCGGCUGGAUGAAAGUCCAAGAAGCAUCAAGGGUUAUUAUUAUAAUGGUGACCCCUCUGGCCUGCCAUCUCGUUUGACCCUGGAGUACAGCGCAUUUGAUGUUGAUGGACCCACUCCAGUUUACUGCUGUGCUGCUAAGGGAACUCUGUACAACACCAACACACUGGAAGCCUUUAAAUCCAUCGACAAGAAGGCUCUUCUGGAUAAAGCAGCUAAUGAGAUUUGGAUGACCAUACAGUCAGGUGCCGCAGUGGAAGACCCUUCAGUCCUCAGCCAGUUUAUCAUCUUAACAUUUGCGGAUCUGAAGAAAUACCAGUUUUAUUAUUGGUUCUGUUUCCCUGCUAUCUGCUUCUUGGAAGGAAUUCCGCUUUUGAAGGAUCCGGUGUUGCUACAGCAGAAAUUCUGCCCUCAGCAGGUGUCUGCUUUUCAAGCAGCCUACGAUGGCUUGUGUUCAUCAGUCGGAGCCACAGCUGUGCCGUUUUUCCUCGUGAAGUACUCUAAGGAGGAUGUUCAAGUGGCUCUACUGAAAGACUGGGGCUCAUUCUUCACAGAUCUGAAGAAGGUAACCGUGGGUGUCUAUGACCCAUGCACACUGCCUCAACAUCCUGGCUGGCCUCUUCGUAAUUUUCUGAUCCUCCUCGCCAGUAAAUGGGGGUCACAGCUGGACGUGGUUGAAAUCAUUUGCUUCAGAGACCGGACUCUUCAGGGCUGUCGCUCGGUGCAGCACAGCCUCGUGUUUGAGGUCAAGUUGCCCAGACUGUCUCUGUCUGAAGCUUGUCCUAAGAGUGUGGGCUGGGAGAAGAACCCCAAAGGAGCAAUGGGACCUAGAAGUGUCAAUCUCAGUGCAUGCAUGGACCCCAAAAGACUUGCAGAAUCAUCCGUCGACCUUAAUCUGAAGUUGAUGCGCUGGAGGCUCGUCCCCACUCUGGAUUUGGAUAAAGUCGUGUCCACAAAGUGUCUCCUGCUUGGAGCUGGUACGCUGGGCUGCAAUGUGGCGAGGACACUCAUGGGCUGGGGAGUGAGACACAUCACAUUUGUGGACAAUGCAAAGAUCUCCUAUUCAAACCCAGUGCGUCAGGCUCUCUAUGAAUUCGAGGACUGCUUGAAUGGAGGGAAAAUUAAAUCCUUGGCUGCAGCAGACAGAUUAAAGAAGAUCUUCCCAGGCGUGAAUGCUGAAGGAUUCAACAUGAGCAUCCCCAUGCCUGGCCACCCUGUGAGUUUUUCUGAAGCGAUGAUUGCUCAAGCACAGACAGAUGUGGAGCAGUUGGAGGCACUGAUCUCAGCACACGACGUUGUCUUCCUGCUUAUGGACACACGGGAGAGUCGAUGGCUCCCCACAGUCAUUGCAGCAAGCCAGAGAAAGCUUGUAGUUAAUGCAGCUCUCGGCUUUGACACCUUUGUUGUAAUGAGGCAUGGCCUUAAGAAACCCAAAGUCUCAGACACUGGAGACGCCAAAGAAUCAUCUCCCUUAUCUGAAUCAGACUCCUCUUCUUCCUCAACUCCAGCUACGCCAGGAGCAUCUCUGUUUUCGAACAUACCUGGCCAUCGACUAGGCUGUUACUUCUGCAAUGAUGUUGUUGCCCCUGGAGAUUCGACCAGGGACAGGACUCUGGAUCAGCAGUGUACAGUGAGCAGGCCUGGUUUGGCUAUGAUUGCUGGAGCUCUAGCUGUUGAGCUGAUGGUCUCCAUCCUGCAGCACCCAGAGGGUGGCUAUGCGGUGGCGAGUAGCAGUGAUGAUCGCAUGAAUGAACCGCCAACCUCACUUGGCCUCGUCCCACAUCAGAUUCGUGGCUUCCUCUCCAGAUUUGACAAUGUUCUUCCUGCCAGCUUGGCCUUUGAUAAAUGCACUGCUUGCUCACCAGUGACUCCGCAUAAACAGCGGCUUCAAAGAGCAAACACAGACUCUGUGAAGUGUUGUCAUGUGGGAGGCCAAAGCGUCAGAGCCUUUCUCAGCAGCUACUGAGGGGAAGUUACGAGAACCGGAGGAGGGAAUUAGGCCAAGCUGGGAAGCCUCUCUCUAUCUAAACCAGAUGUGUUGCUCCCCAAAAGCAGCCUCACAUACACACGCAGGAUGCGUCACACGGUCGCCAUGGCUUAAUGGGCCGCAUCAGACAGGAGGUGCCAGAUCGAGGGGAUCCAUUGCUGGAAAAUAUAAUGAAACCUUGUAAAAGUUGUUCCUGUGACUUUGUUGCUAAGCAAGAGUUUGUUUACAAGCACCGCCAUAAAGGCAGUAUGAGCAGUCCUUGAGAGAGAAGUAUGGGCUUUGGUUCAAAAUGAAAGGAAAAACAAUGCUCCUGUAAUGUACCUCCAAUUUUAUGAUCCAUAAGGGUGGACCAAGCAGCCAAAAUAUUAAGUACCACAAUACUUAAUGACAUUUUUUGUAAUAAACACUUUGUUUGCUAGCAAAGUGAACGCAGAACAGAUUGGCUAUAUGGAAUAGUUCAAGUCUCUCGAGUGGCCCAACAGAAACUUGUUUAUCUUGUUGGGAGGUUGGGAGAAAUAUUGGAAACAACACUAAGCAGGAGAAAGGGAGAAUUGAGCAACUGGCCUAAGGCGGAGACAAGAAGAUUGAUUAAUUCAAGAGAAUAAGGAAUGGGACGAGAUCAGAUGAGACAUUUGACAAAAAACUAUGGUGCAUUAUAUGGCCACU